AUGACAGUUCAGACGUCCUCUCCGAACCCUGCCGCAGAGUUAGAUUUGGGCAAACCCAACCCUCCUGCCCCAGCAGGCCAGUCACAGCCGAAUCCCCCGCCAAAGAAAGGAAAAGACAAGAAGAUCUUCAGCUGCCACUCAUGCCGACGGCGGAAGCUCAAAUGCGAUCGAUUUGACCCGUGUGGUGCCUGCCAGGCGCGAGGAGAGGGUCAUUUGUGUACUUGGGAGGAGGGACAAAGACCAGAACGAAACCACCGAGAAAGCCUCGAGCAACUACCGAAACUGAUUCUCAAGUUAACUGAGGAGGUCCAGGAGCUCAAAACGUCGAACUCGGCCUUGGUCGAGAAUAUCAGGAGUAAUGGCAAGGAGCUUGCGGAGAGUCUGGACUUGGCUUCGCUGGACUCCAGACCUCCAUCCCACUUGAGGUCGGGGAGCAGUUCUGCAGGCUACAUCAGCUGGGACUUGCCAUGUCGAAUGCCUGAUCACAAACAAUGGACACCAUCACAGCUGAUCGCAUUACUGCCGGAAAGCCAAGUGCUCUGGGGCCUGAUUUCGCAUUACAUAUCCGCCUCUGCGUCGCUGACUAGCUUUAUCGAUGUGCACCAACUCGUCUGCGAUGUCGAGGAGGUUCAACAUCUACGACAGGGCCUGGACCUCUCUAGUUCCUCAGCUUCGCUGGGACAUCUCGACAUCAAGGUUUCCAUGAUCCUAGCCUGCGCCAGCCUCGCAGCCGUGGACCUGGAUCCAGGGAAAGCGCAGGAGCUGGGGCUCGUCAAUACAGACAUUGACGCCCUGGUCCGCGAUCUAUGGAAAGGCUCGCGGACACUGAUAUCGAGUUCGGAGCUAGACUCACUCCUUCCCACCUCUAAAGCCGUCCUUUCUGAAGGCCGAGCAGCGCCACCGCUGGAGACCAACAGCGACUUACUCCAGCAAAGCGGAGCCCGCAUUGCAGCAGCCACAGAUAUCCCGCUGCAGGUUGUCUCCAUCAGGAUUCUCCUCCUGCUCGCCGCCCGAUCAUUUGCCACACCAUCCGAGUACCUCAAACUCCACCUGGACGUCAUCUCUUCCGCCAUCGAUGCCUCGCUCGACUCCCCCUACGACGAGGGAAUCCCUCUUAUUGACCGGGAACGGCGCUGGCAACUCUGGUCUUUCAUCUGCUUGCUGGAUUGGACCUCCCCCGGCAUCUACCACAGCAGCAGCUACUUCAUCCGGCCAGAGAUGCACCGCACCCCACCUUCCAAGGUCCCUGGCCUCCCAGACGACGGGAGCUAUCCCUCCGCCAUAGAACAAGAGCACUGGGAUCGCCUCAGCCAGACGAGACAUUACUUGGAGUACGCACUAGCCCUGGCCCACCUCUCCCGCCGCGCAGAGGACUGCAUCGUCCGUCCCGGUCCUGUAUCCCCCGCCCAGGCUGCAGAGCUCUGCACCGAGCUCGACGCCCUGGAUAACAAACUCUCUUUCUACCAAUUACUCGGCAGCACAGUCCCAGAUGGCGGCGCUUUCAAUACCGGCGGUAGACCGGUCGAUACCACCUCCAUCACCGGGGAUCUAGCCACCGACAAACCCAGCACCGAGCACCGGCGCUUCCUGGCGCGCGCGCCCCUGAUUCAAAACAUGCACCUGAGCCUAGAGCUCGGCCUCAUCCGCUUCAAGCUCUUCCGCCACGAGGUCUUUCACCUCAUGCAGGCGCCAAGCACCUCGGGGACCUUGCGCAUGAUAUGCAUGGACGCCUGCAUGGACGCCUGCAUCCUCGUCCUCGCGCAGUGCUGGAGUAUCGGUAACCGCGACGUGCCCGGUGUCCAGGCGCAGUCGCAGUCGCAGAUGUCUCUUGACCCGAGCGAGGAGAAGCGUCCCUGCACGGGAAGUCUACGGCGGGUGCUGCAACCCGCGUCGUCGGCAGCGCUGGUGGGUCAGGUUCUGUUACAUGCUGCGCAGGGGGCGGAUGGGAUGGGGAUAGGGCCAGGGAAUGGGAAGCAGUUUCAGGGGGAUGGGGCGGUGGGUUUGAGGGGGAUUUCUGCGACGGAGUUCUUUGCGUUUGUCGAAGGGGGUGGGGAGUUUGCGACUGCGAGUGCCACCAUGUCGGGGCAAGGGCCGUAUACGGCGGCGGGUGGCUCAUGGAGUGGACGGAUGAUCCGGGAGAAGGUGAAAGUGUUGCAAUGGCAUGUUAACAAGGUACUGACACUGCUGGAGGCACUGCAAGGGACGUCGCCGUUGGCGCGGUAUAAGAUGAGUCUACAUCAGCAGUGCAUGUAG